ACUUACGAAGGCACAAGUGUUGAUAGUUUUAGAGAGAUGCAAUGCACCAUGAGACUUGCUCCUGACGAAGUCUUCUUGUUGCUCUUGAAUUCCUCGGAGUUUCCGUAUCUGUGCCUCUCAAUUUCAUAGCCCCCAAGGAUUGGCCCUUCUACGUAUGUCAAGUUGUGGGAUUCUCAUCAGGUUAGGGUACCCACAAACGGAAACCUCUCUCUCCCUUGUUCAUUUCUCACAAUUGGUGUCUCUGCCGGCGAGAUUGAUCCAGGGACAGGAGCCAGGGUAGUGGAGCUCGCAGGUUAUCAUCCUUUGACUUAUCGCCAUGUUUGAUUCAAUUCCUAUUAUAGAUGUUGGACCGCUAGUUCGGAAGAAGGGUGAUGAGGACUUUAGAGAGGAUCCAGAGGUGAGGAAUGUAGUGCACCAGCUUGAUCUUGCCUGCCGCAACGUUGGGUUUUUCUACGUGAGCGGGCAUGGAAUUCCUCUGGAGUUGUGUCAAGCUGUACUUGACGUGGGCCAUGAGUUUUUUUCUCAACCGGAGUCCCAGAAGCUGCGCAUCGCCAUGUCCAGCAGCACAGGUUUCAGAGGAUACCAGAAGCUGGGAGAGAACGUCACAAAGGGUCUUCCAGAUCAGCAUGAAGCUAUUGAUUAUUUCAAGGAGUUUGAAUCCACAAAAGUUGCAUUGAGAUCAGAGAACCCUCUUGUGGGUCUGAAUCAGUGGCCUGAUUCUGUGAGCAAGUUUCGACCGCUCGUGCAAGAGUACUUAGAAAUGCUGAUAGAACUGGCAAGGACAAUUAUGCGAGGUAUAGCCUUAGCACUUGGGGGACCAAAAGAUUUGUUUGAAGGCGAAAGAGCAGGAGACCCGUUUUGGAUACUUAGAGUGAUUGGGUAUCCACCAAUAAGCAACCUCAGCUGUCUCAGUAAUCCAAAUGGCGAGGAAGUUGGAUGUGGCGAUCACACUGACUAUGGCCUGCUAACUCUCGUGAAUCAAGACCUAGACAUAACUGCACUUCAGGUGAAGACCCAGGACGGAAAAUAUAUUUGGGUGGAUCCAAUACCAGGGACUUUUGUGGUGAACAUUGGCGACAUGCUCACGAUCUGGACGAAUGGCUUGUACCAGUCAACACUGCAUCGGGUAAUGAAUAACGACAGCAAGUAUCGGGUGUCUGUUCCUUUCUUCUAUGAGCCAAAUUUCGAUGCUCGAGUGGAGCCUUUUAGCUUUUUGCAGGAUUCGACAGCUGCUGAGAGCAAGAGGUAUACACCAGUCGUCUACGGCGAUCACGUUAUCAAUAAAGUGUUGAACAACUUUGGUUAAGGUAUUGGUACUAGGAAUUAUCAGGCUUCUCACAAGCCAAUUAGUUCACAGAUACAAGAUCAACAUUGUACAGUUAAGUUUCUAUUUGUAAUCUUAAAAUAUCGUGGUCAGCAUUGUUUUCUAAUGUUUUCAACAAUGCAUGUAACAAGUUUUGUAUAAGAGCUGAAUAAUAAAGGUAAUCCCUUCGAUAUGUUCA